AUAAUUUUUCAUAAGAGGCUGAAAUCGUGUCAGAAUUAUGGUAUAAUUAAAGACGAGAAAUGUUCGAAAAUGAGCUUCCGUUCGUCUUGUUUGCGGAACCGGAAGGGGUGAGCCACUGGGGGUAUAAAGUAAACAAUCAUCGCAAACGGUAUAAUGAAUUUCGACAUUAAUUAGAGACGCAGCGUUUCAUUGAUGUUAAUAUGAUAAAUAUUCUAUUCUGCCUUCUCUGUUCAAAUCGAAAAUUUCAAUAAAACUGUAGUUAAUUCAGGUUAAUUAUUCGGGUUACAUGGAAACUAUUUUCGGAUGCGAAAAUUAGUAAAGUUGAGAUGGUUAGGGUAGGUCGUUUCGUGAACGCAAUUCAUAUCUAAUUGGCACGUACGAUCGGAUGAAAGGAGCUAGAAUUAGAUUUCGAAUAGAUUUCGAUAGCAUAAAAGUUAAUUGAUGUCAACCGACCGACCUAUAUACUGCACUUAUGGAAGAUAGACAGCAGAACGGUGCAAUGAAGACGGGGGUGGAAACGUUUGUCUCCCGUGGAUAGAUCCAUGAUAAAUUGGAAACGUUUCUUUAUUUUUAUCGCGUUUCUUUUAAACAAAGUAGCCACGAAUAUUCGAUAGAAAAAUAAAAAAAAUCGUCGAGAGGGGGGUGAAAAGGAUGAAAGGGGACCAAAAGGGAUCGAAUCAAUUAAAUUUGAAAUUCAUCAUUCCGAAGGAUCCAGCAAAGUGUUGACUUAAAAACGAAACCCGUGUUCCGUUGGGUUGACAACUGAUUAACGUUGUUGCAAGUGUGGUUGGAAGGAAGCAAAGAAACAGUUUAUAAUGUCACUUAAUACCGGCGCGUUAACGAAAGCCACGGUUGCCUGGAAGUUAAAGGAAACCGUAUCAUCCUACGCUCGUUCAACAGGCCCGGCGUUUUUCCUUCAACGAUACCCCAUGGAUUUUGCUCGUUCGAUUGCGCGCCUGUUCGCCGCUGUUUGCCCAGUUUCGCCGCCGAUUCGCGUCGGUUCGAACGUCAAGCUGCCGACAUAAAAAACAGAAGUUAUCGACUCCGAUGACCGAUGACGCGCCACUUGUAACCCGGUGAUCUGUAAAUAAUGUAACUCGCUUACUUUUUUUCUUUUUACGCGUGUCACGUGGUGCGCGUGCGCGUCCGUGUGUAUGUAUCGUAGCAGAGAUCGUCGCGCGAGGAACAUUGGAAAAAUCGAGGCGAGAACGUACGCGAUGAACGAUUGAUGCGAAGCAAGUAUCGUGACAUCGUUGCGACACCAGCGACGAAAGGAUACGCGAUUGAAAAGCUUCCUGACCAAGGACCUACACCGGACAAAAAUGUUGUCCACCGUGUCCAGCGUGUCACUUGAAUUCAAUUCCUCCUACUAUGCAACCGUGAUUGGGAACAACAGUCUCGAUGGAUUAUCCGUGAUCGAGUCUGAGAAUUCAACGAAAGGACUUUACAUGUUGCCAGCUUACAUUCGCACCACGUCCAUGGUUGUCUGCAUAAUAGUGAUGGCCCUCGGUAUAGUGGGCAAUCUUAUGGUGCCAUUGGUGGUAUUCCGGGGUAAGGACAUGAGGAACAGUACCAACAUCUUCCUGGUGAAUCUGAGUGUGGCCGACCUUUGCGUUCUACUCAUCUGCACGCCCACCGUCCUCGUCGAGGUCAAUUCCGGACCGCAAGUAUGGCCACUCGGCGAACACAUGUGUAAAGCAGUGCCGUUUGUCGAGUUGACUGUGGCCCAUGCAUCGGUUCUUACAAUCUUGGCGAUCAGCUUUGAACGAUAUUACGCGAUCUGCGAACCUUUACGAGCUGGAUACGUAUGCACCAAGGCCAGAGCCACGUUCCUUUGCCUGCUGGCGUGGGUGGCCGCGGCACUUUGCACGAGCCCCAUCCUGCUGAUGGUCAGCUACGAGGUGGAGAAGAACACGGACGGUACGUACAUUUCCACCUGCAGCAUCGUAGCGAACUCGGACUGGUCGAGCGGUUUCAUCGUAACGACGAUACUCGUGUUCUUCGUGAUACCCCUACUGAUCCUGGUGAUCCUGUACACGGUGAUCGCGAGACACCUGAUGACGAAUCCAACGAUAAGCCGCGGCUCGUCGAACAAUUUGCUCAAAUAUCGCAAACAGGUGAUGCUGAUGUUAGGUACGGUGGUGCUCUGUUUCUUUUUGUGUUUGCUACCGUUCAGAGCGUUCACCCUUUGGAUCCUGAUCGUGCCGCCCAAGAUGAUCACCGAUCUAGGUAUCGAGGGUUACUUCACCCUUCUGUACUUUUGUCGGGUGAUGCUGUACCUGAAUUCCGCCAUCAAUCCGAUCCUCUACAACCUGAUGUCCACGAAAUUCCGCGAAGGUUUCCUUAGGCUGUGCGGUCUAGGUCCGACCAGGAGGAAAAAGAAGAAAACCUCUGGCGACAAGACUGGCACCUAUACCACUGGUUCCACUAACUGCAGCAGCAAUCAUUCGGAUUUCUGGAGGAGACACAGCAGCAACAAAAGCAGCAGCGUUAAGGUACCGAGCAGCAAUUCGAGCGGGGAGAAACAGAUCAAACUUCCGCUUCAGACGGCGGUCGUUAGCGGUAACAUUGUCAGAAAGAAACAGGAGAGUUAUGUUUGAAGAGACAGAGGGGUGGUUAUUUGAGACUGUGAUCGUUCGCACCAUUCCGUAAUAUUAAUAGUAACCUCGAUGUCGUUCGUACUCGUAUGUAGAUUGAGUUUCAUAUUUCACCGGUGUAAAUUGAUAUCUGAGAUUUGUAUUGUCUUUAUGAAGUCCAAAAAUAGAUUUUAUUUUAAACUCUUCAGACGAUCAAGGGUUAUUUUGUAAUUAACAAUGAAAACCAAGCGAGUACUAAUCUGCAUAGGACUAUGAACGAUACGCUAAUUACGUAGAAUUUUGGAAUCUGUGAUUACUAAUUAAGCGAAGGUAUACCGUGUAAGUAUUAUAACGAAGGAACUAUGAAUAAGUAUGCCUCUAGCUUUACG